AUGGCUUGUCUGGAUCCUUCUGCUGUACCUCUGCUACGUGAAUACGGUGUUUCUGAAACUCGUGGGUUUGUUUUUGAUGAGGAUCCCGCUCUCAAGUUGCCUUCCUACUUUGCUCAGUGGGAUGAGAUUUCUAGUCAAAUUCCCUCUCUUUUAUCAAAGUCUGCAGAUGUGCGUGAUGUCAUAAACAGAAUGCCUCUAUUGGAUUAUACAAGGCUGGACAAGAUCACGGACUACCGCAGGGCUCAUGCUGUGCUAGCAGUCAUUGGUGAGGCAUAUGUAUGGUGUCGUGGAGACUCUGGUGUACCACCCUGUCUUCCUCAAAAUAUUGCGAUUCCUUGGGUCGGUGUUAGCAAAUACUUGGGAUUGCCUCCAGUUGUUACACACUUUGAUGUUGUUCUUAACAAUUGGAGAAAGAUAGACGUCAAUGGACCACUGGAAUUGUCAAAUUUGACAACAAUUUAUGCAUUUUCACCAGCAGGAAAGGAUGAGCAAUGGUUCAGUUUAGUUACUUUACAGAUCGAACUCGAAGCCGCACCUGCUGUAAGGUGCACUGUUGAAGCACAGAGAUGUGUCGUCGAGGAUGACUUUGAGACUCUAAUCAAAUGUUUACAAACAAUCAAGCAUUCGGUGAAGAAAAUGCAAGCAGUACUUCUGCGGAUGGUCGAGCAAUGUGAUUAUAGUGUGUUCUACAAUCAGAUCAGAUUGUUUUUGGCCGGUUGGAAGGGUAUGAAAGCUUUGCCAGAAGGAAUGUUGUAUGAAGGUGUGUGGGAAAAACCAAUGCAGUUUGUCGGUGGAAGUGCGGCUCAAAGUUCAACCAUUCACUGCUUGAGUGAGUGCCUCGGUAUCGACUACUCAUGCAGCGAUGACGGAGACGAAAGUGCUAGUCAUGCAAACUUUAUUGCUGAGAUGAGAGACUACAUGCCAAGACAGCAUCGAGACUUUUUGGUAGCUCUUUCUAGAGGACCGUCUGUGAGAGAGUAUGCCAAGAGGUUAAAGCUGGAAGGUCUGACUGCCGAGUACAAUUUCUGUCUUGCAACAUUGGAGGAAUUUCGAAGCAAGCAUAUUCAACUUGUAGCUCGUUAUAUCACGGUCGAGUCAAGGAAAGGCACCAGCCAGGACCACGACAGUCUGAAAGAAACAGGAACAGGAGGAACAGGUAUUAUGUCAUUCCUUAAGUACAUAAGAGACAAAACAAGGCAGCAUGUCUUAUAGACAUUUGGCGGUUGCAAUGUGUAGAGAAAGGUCAAGGAUGAUACUAAGUAGUAUAUUGCAUGUGUACCUUAGAUUUUAUAUUAAAUGUAUGUAAUCUUUGGUUAGCAAUGCCAAUGCUGUGAGUGACCACUGUGCAUGGCACUCGAAGGUUACA